AUGCACCGACAUCCAUGCGUGAAGUCCCUCUCCCAUCGGGGCUUUAUUCAAGGUAUCACCCUCUUCGAUCAAUCAACCGAUACUGCCCUUUGUCAUUAUUUCGGCGGCCUCCGCUAUGCUCUCCCUCCCUCCAGGCGGUGGCGAAAGGCUCAGAAGCUCCCGUCGAAUUUUACCUAUGGCACCAAAGACAAACCGUGUCCCUGUACGGGGACCUCGGGAGUUUGCCCGCAGCCCAGCUUCUUGAAUCUCUCUGUUGAAAGCAUCUGGUCGGAAGAUUGCUUCCAGUGCAAUGUUUGGGUGCCAGCCGGCGAGCCCCCCAAGGACGGGUGGCCGGUGCUCAUUUUCAUUCAUGGCGGUUUCCUCCAGUUCGGAACCCCAAACACCUUCUCCGCCACUAACCUAUUAGGUGAGGCGGGCUUAGACGCGAUCAUUGUUAUGCCUGCCUAUCGUCUAGGCGUCUUCGGCUUUCUCUACUCAUCGGAGCUCCAGAACGAUGCCGCAUCUGUCGGUGAGCCGGUUGGGAACCAAGGCUUCUGGGAUCAGCGUCUCGCCCUGGAAUGGACCAAGGACAACGUCUCCCUUUUUGGAGGCAACCCAUCACAGAUCACCAUUUCCGGGUAUUCUGCGGGUGCAUACUCUGUCUUCUAUCAGCUAGCCUAUGAUGUCCAUCUCCCAGACGACAAGGCCAUUGUCAAACAAGCCUGCAUCUGGUCGAAUGGGCCUGCGACUCAGCCCAAAAGCCCAGCCGCUGCCCAGGUCCAAUUCAACCAGAUUCUUUCUGCGCUGAACAUCCCCGUGGCUCUUCCUUGGGCGGAGAAGCUGUUUCGACUCCGUUCUGUCACCAGUCAAGACCUUAUCUCCGCGGCAGUAGGCGUGGACCUCAAUCAAUUCCGUCCCACCUCGGACUCUGUCUUCAUCCCAAACUCCCUCUUCAAGUCAUUCGACAAUGGCAACUUCGGCCGUCGGGUUGCCGCACGCAGCAUCCGCAUCAUGCUGGGUGAAUGUCAGGACGAGAGGUUUCUAUAUGCCACCUGGUUCCCUCCUCACAAGGGCCUCUUGUCCCUGCACAAACGUCUCCUGGCGGACUACCCCCGUCCGAUCGUGGACACUUUGAUGAAGCUCUAUUACCCGGAGGGAAAGCUUCCCUCCGACUGCCAAGACUGGCACAACGACGCCUUCGGUCGUGUGUACGCUGACAUGCAAGUCCACAAUACACAACGAGGACUCGUCCACUCGCUAGCUCUGGGUGGCGCCGCCCAUCUCCUCUACCGGUACCGCAUCGAAUAUCGUCUUAAGUGCGCGGAUAAAUCCAUCCCACCUGACUGGGGCGUCACCCACGCCACGGACCAGUACAUUUGGUUCUGGGGGAAUGGAGAGACUAUUGAGCCUCGAGAAAAGCUCAUUAUUAAGCGCGGUUUGAUUGACCCAUGGAUCAAAUUCGUGCAUGGUGAACCGGACAUUGACUGGGGCACUCGGAACCAUUGGGAAAUAAGGACACUCAAGCCAGACGGGUCGGUUCAAAUUUGGCAGGAUGGAUUCUGGGAGGAAGCCAUGCGGGUCUGGAAGGCACUGCGAGAGGUGGGAGAGUCGGAUGAAAUUGUGGAAGAGGCAAAACUGUAG